AUGCAUCGUGGUGUGACAGCGACAGUUAUAUUUGGGCAAAUAUUACUGAUUGAUAUAAACGAUUGGAUGAGUGGUGAGAAUCCAACAGUCAACUCUAUGAUUGAUAUUACUAACUAUUCGAGCGAAGCAAAACGUCAGGAGCCUGAUGUAGAUGUGAUUGUCGGCCGGUUCAGAAUUGUAAGAAAAUGUGGCCUCGGAUCCAACCACCAUGUUUGGAAAGCCAACGAUCUGAAAUCAGAUUCGACCGUAGCAUUGAAAUACUACAACGAUUACAAGACUCUCGCUAGAGAGCAACGGUGUCUAUCCGAAUUGCGUGGUGUCGAAAAUGUGAUACAGAUGCUUGAACCGCUGGCAGCAGAAUUGGUUAUUGCUCUUGAAUUUGGACAAUAUGAUCUAGGCACAGUCAUGCAUUAUCUCACUGUCGAAGAACGACAGCAGGAGAAAUCCAGAAUGAUUCGGCAUAUAGCAGCUGGCUUGGGGGAUAUUCAUUUAAUUGGGAUAGUUCAUUGUAACUUGUCUCCCGGAGACAUAAUGUUAUUUAAGAAGGGAGAACAAAAAAUAUGGAAGUUGGUGGAUUUUGAUUCCGCAUGUACCACAUUUGAAAAUGUUGAAGUGUCAUUCAAAAAACUUGGUUAUUGCAGUCCUGAACUAAUCACAGCAAAAUCCAAUAAACAGCCAUUAUUUGCUACACCUUCACUGGACAUGUUUUCAUUUGGACUUAUUAUAUACUUUAUAGAAACUGGAUCGCACUAUUUCAAGGAAAAACUUCUCGAGCAAGUAGAACUAUUGAAAUCAAACGAUGAACUUAUAUUAGGACAAGAAAUAAGAGAUAGUAAUACUCGAGAAAUUUUAGAAGGGUUACUAAAAAAGCCUGUGACCGAGAGAAUGGAUAUGGCCACAUUUAAGAACUCCGAGUACUUUCGUGGAUUGGAACCAGCUCUUUGGAUAACGACAGUACCUAAGAGUGACCGAAUUGCAAACGAGAAUGUAACUGUAGCAAAACGCGAUCAGCAUCAGCUCUCAUCAGCUCCAGCUUCAUUAAAUGGAGAUCAGCUGGUUAAAAUAGAAGAGAAGUUUGACAAAAUGUUCGACAAACUUGACAAUCUGCUUGAUAUUUGUGAAGAACUCAGUGGGAACAUUCCACGAUGGCUAGAACAAUUGAACAAUCAGAAGAUUCCGCGUUUAUUCGUCUUACUUCCACAGCAAAGAAAUUGGAUGUCUCCAACGAAUUGGACGUCCAAAUCAUUUCUAUUGUAUUUUUUAUGUGAACAUGAAAAUUGUUGGCACGUACCAAAAAAUGCACAAGGUUACAAACUCAAACAAAAUUCAGAAUUUAUCCGCAAAUAUGGGAAAUGGAUCAACAUAGGCUUGCAAUCACUUACGAUGGCAUUGAAAGUGGUUACUUCAGGAAUUUUUCCAAUAGAUAUCUCGGCUAUGCUUUCCAAUGUAUUUGAUAUACAUGACGAUGCCGAUAUCAGCAAAUAUCUCCAACAGAUCGCAGACUCUAUGGAAACAUGGAGCAGCACAAUGGAGGAUUCUAACCCUGAAUUCCAAGCCCUUGAUCAAGUGGAAGGAGGGAAAUUCCAAGUCAUGAACAUGGAGGGCCAUCGGGCGCUCGAAACCUAUAUCAACAAUAUCGAUAACACCAGAUCUUAUGGUGGUCUUGUUCAAGGAUAUCAUUAUGGGUCAAAGAAAUUCAUAUGGGUUUGCGAAGAACAUCAGCACGAAUACGAAUGCGGCAGUAACAACGAUUUGGCACGAUCACCUUCUUCACAACCUUCAGAAAGUGACUUUAACGAUCCGUUGCCAGGUCCGUCCGUUCAACCUGAAAGAUCUUUAUUCAAGUCAUUUUGGGGCGGUUACAAGGUGAACACGGAAGAAAUAGAAGCAAAACUCUUAUCUGAACCAUACAUCGAGGGAAUUAUGGACAAACUAGUGCUCAAAGCGAGAGCUAUCAUCUAUGAUCUUAAUAAAAAUGCUAGAAAGACUAAACAUAGAAAAAGAUACACGCCACGAACAGUCGAAUUUGGGAGUGACGGUGAAUAUUACUUGACGAAAUUAGAAACCCGUAUAGGUGGUUUUACCGAAAAGGAAAAGAAGUUUCUUGCGUACGCCUUAGAACGGUAUAUUGGAAUGUUGCUGUUUUUUUUGAAUUUUUUUGUCCGCUUUAAUUGUGUUGAGGAAAGCGCCUACGCUACGAGAGCAGUGAAUUCACUCACAGCAAGCAGUGCUUUUCACAAAGUUCAUGAUCAAGGCGUAAUCUUCCACGCCUUUCUUCACAAAAUUAUCUUCAUGAGACAGAACUCAUCGUUGUCGUCCUUAUCCACAGCGUCCGCUCAAGAGAAAAUCAACAAACUUAUACCUACUGGCUACGAUAAGUGUUCCUCUAAUCACGCUUCAUUUGCUGUUUGGGCUUCCACGCUUCAAUGGUCAGAUCAACAAUGGCCUCUGGAAAAAAUCUUAUUCGACAAGUAUGUCGCUUCAUCCGAAAUCGACGCAGCUGAUAAAUUAAUCAUCCGCGAGACAGCAAAAGGAUUACUAUUUGCAGUAAAACGCAGUCUUAAAAGUGUCUCUAAACCUAUAGCAGAAUUGACGUUGAAAAAUUGUGGAGACGAGGACAUGUUUUGUGCAACUCUGAAACAGGUUUACAUGUAUUGGAAAUAUAAACUAAAUGAAUGUGAUUAUAUAAUACAAUUUUACGGAGUCACGGUUAAGGACUGUCGCUUAUGUCUCCUAUUUGAAUGGGCAGAUGGGGACUUGUUUACUUAUAUGAAGACUUUUUCGAAUAUGCCUUCAUUGAACGUGUUGUCCGACUGGAGGGAAAAGCUUAGGAUUUCGUACGAGAUUGCUAUGGGACUAGCUUUCCUUCACAAGCGUUUUAUUUGCCACCUCGAUAUUCGGUCAAGUAACAUCCUAUUAUCCUAUUCGUCCGAUUCCAAACGUCCUAAGGCAAAACUCUCCGGCUUUCGUUCGAGUAAAAAAAUGACUGACCGUAACACCACCAAUAUUUACAUUGAACUAACCGAUGAAGAAUAUAAACGCUGGUAUUGUCCGCAGCGUCUUUUACACUACAAGUAUCCUUGUGAUGAAUUUUCGGAUAUUUACAGCCUUGCAAUAAUAUUCUGGGAAAUCGCGAUGGGUACAGGCCAAAUGCCGUAUUCGGAGGUGGAUAUAAGUCACUUAAGAAAGCAUAUCUACAAUAAAAACAGGAACAAAUUGCCCGAAGAUAUACCAAACUGGGCAGUAAGUUAUAAAAGCUUGGUGGAGAGGAUGUGGUCACACGAGCCAGAUCAUCGGGGUAGAAUUACGUCUAUUGUUAGGGAGUUGAGUAUGCUGAUGGAGAAGGCGAAGACAGAGCUUUGA